AUGUCUCAUCACAAAGCAGCAGUGUCAGGAGAGCAAGGUCAAGACGAGCAUAUAGAGUCUGUUGAAAAUCCUACUCGCCAGGACAGGGAGCACAUAGUUGGCCCUGGACAAGACAGAGCCCUAGACCUUAUAGCAGAUGCAGGACACUCAUCUGUCCUCACAGCUGAGAACAACGCCCGAGUGCUUCGAAAGAUCGACCUGAGGCUUUUACCCAUUCUUCUCGGGAUAUAUUUCUUGCAGCAACUCGACAAGUCGACUAACCUCCAUGGACAGCAGUAUUCCUGGCUAGGAGCAGUCGUUUACCUAGUGCAACUCGUUGCCCAACCUUUCGUUGCUUAUAUAUUAGUCAAGGUUCCGAUUGGAAAGUUUCUGGCAUGUACAACCCUUUGCUGGGGCAUUGCCCUGACCUGUAUGACCCCGGCAAAUACCUUUGCGGGCUUGUUGGUCUGCCGGAUGUUUUUGGGUCUCUUUGAAGCCGGUAUACCUGCUUGUUUUAUCGCGGUCACGCAAAUGUGGUACCGACGAAUCGAACAGCCCGUCCGACUUGGCUCGUGGUAUGCUAUGAACGGUGUGGUGUACAUGUUUGGCAGUCUUCUUUCGUAUGGUCUGGGCCACAUAAAAUCCUCGGUUUUUGAGCCCUAUCAGAUUAUCUUCUUAUUCUUCGGCCUCAUAACGAUUGCUUUCUCUGGCCUUAUUCUGCUGUUUAUGCCCGACUCGCCGAUUCAAUCCAAGUUUCUUACAGAAGAAGACAAGCUUCUAGCUAUUGAAAGACUACGCAUGAACCAACAGGGUAUAGAGACGCAUGAAUGGAAGUGGGGCCAUGUCAAAGAGGCUUGUCUCGACAUAAAGUCCUUUUUCUGGUUUGCCCUGAUGUUUUCAGUAUCGAUUCCCAGUGGUGGUAUCUCAACAUUUGGCCCAUUGAUCAUCGAGGCGUUCGGUUUUGACCAAUUCGAAACCAUUCUAUUCAACAUACCGUUUGGUGCUGUCCAGCUCGUAGCAACAAUGGGAGGAGCAUGGCUAGCGACUAAGCUAAAAAUGAAGGGACCUGUUAUAGCCCUGUUAUCUUUACCUGCCAUUGCAGGUUGCGUCAUGCUGCUGCAGCUUCCUCGUGAUGGUCAGCACAAUGGAGCAUUACUUGCGGGAUAUUACAUUAUCUCUGUGUAUCCUGGAAUUACGCCCAUGGUCUAUUCGUGGUCUGCAGGAAACACCGCAGGUGAAACGAAGAAGAAGAUUACGAACGGCAUUGUCCUUGUUGGGCAAUGUGCUGGUAAUGUUCUUGGCUCGAAUCUGUACACAACCACAGAUGCGCCCUUAUAUAGACGUGGUUUGCUAUCCAAUCUUGCAAUGUUCUGUCUCCUCGUCCUGCUUCCCAUGAUGAAUAUGGCAUACCUGUAUUUCCUCAACAAGCAACAUGAGAAGAAACGAGUGAGUAUGGGUAAGAGUGCAAAGAUUAUCGACCAUUCGAUGCAAGCCGUUGGUUCAGUGCCAGUGGACAAGACCGAGCCUCAGCAGCCUGCAGUGAGCGAAGACAACGCGUUCAAAGAUCUCACGGACUGGGAGAACGAGGACUUUAUCUACGUUUACUGA